UUAUUUUCAAUAAUAUGCAUUCAAUCAUUCAAAAUGCGUGUCGGUGCAUGAUACAGUAUUGUUCGGAGUCGAAGUUGAAAAAUGGACCAGUUCACUGCACGUGUCCCCCAGAACCCGUUUUUCGCGCGCAAUUUUCGAGGUGGCCAGACAGUUCUGACGAAAACUUUUAUGACACAGUCCAACUGAAUAUUAUUUUUGGGGGGUAAGUAGCCAGCAACAGUAUUUUGUUGUUUCCAAUGAAGUUUCUCUAAAUAUUCCUAAUAUUUUGGUUACCACAUGAGUUACCCUUGACAACUCGAGACUGGAUAACUUAUUUGGUUUUGUCAUGAUCAGAUCAGACUGAGGGGUUAGCUUUAUGCCUAGCUAGGCUAGCUGGCCAGCAUAGCCCAAUGUAACUAUUAACGUUAAAGUAGUUGAGUCAGAGAAGGUUAGAAAGUGGUUUUGGUUGAGUUCUUACAGAAUUAGCUAACUUCCAUACCGGUUGCAUUUAUUUUUCCUAUGCAACAUUUUGCUCAUAGAAAAUGUCCCAGCUCUUCUUUGGAAAGCCAGCCCCUACCUUUCAGUCUACACCAAAACCGGGUCAUCAUCCCUCAUCACCCAAGGACCCUGAACAAGGACAUGGGCCAGACCAGGACAUCCCUGAUGAGACAUUUUCAUUUGUGACACUGGAGGAAAGCCAUGGACAGCAAAGUGAGGACUCCGGCAUCGACAUUUCAAACAUCUCCAAUAGACGUAACGUACACAACAGUACUUCCAGUCAGCUCCCAGGUGAGGAGACUACGACUGUUCUCAGUUCAACGAUAGAGGAGAUAGGGAAGAAGGCCCAGGAUCUGAUAGAGAGAAUAAACCAGAGCCGAGCCAUGGACCAGGAAAUCAUGACCACCUUCGAGAACAAGUUAAUGAAUAAGGUGAGUGAGGUGUGCCAGCAGGUGAAGGAGCAGAUGUUCAGCAGCUAUGAGGAGCAUGGCCGUGGGAUGGAGGCCAAUUUGCAAGAGCUGUCUGAGGUGCUGGAGAGGAGCAGUCAGCUCAGUAUGGAGCUGCAGGGAGCCAGUCAGACCUUAUCAGCCAUCAACAACAGCCUGCAACAGACAGCUGAGAACUGACAUCUACCCAGCCGUUAAUUUAUUUCAACUGCCUUACAGCAUCCCGACUUCUGGGAGGUCUAGAAUAAUUAAAGCAAUGCCUUAUUUGACUGUGGUAUAUGUCUAAAAGGAUAUAAAACAGUGGUUGUAAACUGAGGUGUUGGAAGAAGCUUUUGUUUAUUAAAUUAUU